CAACCCGGCGCCAUUGUGAAUCCAAGAAGCGUCCGACAAAAUGGCUGCAAUUCUCAGGAGCAACUUUCGCAGUAUAGAAUCUUCACAGACAAAUCACUAACACCUUCCCAGUCUUUCAACCGCGCUUCCUCCCAUCAUUGAAUCGACAAAGACAACUCCACCGAACCCCGCGAACGAUCGUCAUACCAACCUCCAUUGAGAUGUCGCAGAACGAGACGAAUGAAGCUAUACGAAAACAAUGGGAAACCAUGAAGCGCAAGGAGAAAGAGAUGAUGCGACUCUGCGACGAUAUUCAGGUCAGAACUCUGGCCUACUACGAUAACGGCAAACACCUGGACGAUGAGCGUGCCUUCCUCGAGACGUGUGGACGUAGCUUGCACAACCAGACUCAUAUACAAGAUGCUUGGGACGAAGCUGAAGCCUGGCUGGCAUUCGCAUCAGACAAUUACGGAAAACUUGUAGGGAAGGUUGACAAGCUCAAGAAAAUUACCACCGUUCGCAAGAAGCUCCAAGAGCAGCUGGGUAUCGCUCCCACAGAAGAUGGAUACUUUGCUUAUGGAAAAGUCGCUGACACGCACCGUGGUGAUGGCGCGCAGAAGUACGUGAACUUUGUGCUCCUCGGUCACGAGCUCGACUGGACAACCAGCGUUCGACACUACAUAGCGGAAAACAUGGGAGGAUCUUCGCUACUUACGAAUGAGGAGUGGCGGCCGCAGGUGUGGUCCGCAAGGCCUGACCGAUAGGUACCAGGAAGCCCUCUGUCAUCCAGCGGCAAGCACCCUGACACUACCUCGUGCUUUCUCUUUUCACUGGCUUAAGAGCAGCGCAUUCGGGCCCGCCCUGUUGGUACUGGGUGACGGGAGAACGAAGCAAGACUAGUUCAUGGAUAAAAAGGAGAGGCCAAUCCUACCUUUGCAAGCAUAUGUACAUAGCCGGGU